GCGGCACGCCGUUUGUGCUUUCCCCUUACCCCCACCUCAGCCUUCUCUAUUCCCAUGUCCAAACACCCCCUCUUCUCCUUCCCCCUAUAAAUACCCUCACCAUUCUUAUUCUCUUCUCCCACACCAAACCAGAACAAAGAAAAACUCGACAAUGGCAUUGUUAAACUCACCGGCCGCGAAGCUCGCCAUCGUCACCGUCCUCCUCUCUCUCCUCGUCGCAACCACGUCUGGUUACGGCGGACCAGGCCAGAUGGUCGGAGGAAGGACCGACAUCGAGGACGUGAAGACGAACAAAGAAGUUCAGGAACUCGGCCAAUUCUCCGUCGAGGAGCACAACCGGAGCCUAAUCCGAACUCUGAGCCGCCGCGCCGGGAACGGCGGCGCCGUCGGCGAGCUGAAGUUCUCGGAGGUGGUGGAGGCUCAGAAGCAGGUGGUGUCGGGGAUCAAGUACUACUUGAAGGUUUCCGCCGUCGCGAAGAGUGGAGAGCAGAGAGUGUUCGACUCCGUCGUGGUGGUGAAGCCGUGGAUGCAAAAUUCCAGGGAACUCCUCAACUUCGCUCCCUCUACCGACCGAGAUGUACAUUUCUGAGGAGGGUAGUUUGGUAAUUUCGAUUAAACUGUAUAAUCGUAAGCUCUAGGGUACGGAGGUGUUUUUAACUAAACUGUUUUUGUCUGAUUUGGGGUAUAGGGAGGGGUAGAAUGGUAAUAUCGUCAUGAGUAAUUGUGACUCUUAUGUAUGAAUAAAAACUAAUAAUGGAUUAUUAAUAUUAGAAUAAUUAUCGUUUCAUUGA